GUCAACGGGUGGCGAGAGUGGACCAAAGAGUUUCGCUUGGUGGCUUUGCAGGGAUGUUGCAGCUGGGGAGAUGGUGGACCGGGGUAUGCAAGGCAUGAAGCCCAACCUGUAGAAGUUCACCCGCCUCCUGGGCAGCUGUUAUGCUGAGACUUCGUCUUUUGACCUGGGAUGUCAAGGACACCCUACUUCGGCUCCGGGUUCCCGUGGGGCAGAGUUACUCUGCCGAGGCCCAGGCCUUUGGCCUCCAGGUACCUGCUGAGGCGCUCAACCACUCCUUUUCCCAAGCUCAUACAUCCCAUAGCCAGCGUUUCCCCAACUAUGGCUUCAGCCAGGGCCUCAGCUCCAAGCAGUGGUGGCUUGGAGUUGUCUUGGAGACCUUCCAGCUUGCCGGAAUUCAUGACAGUGGUGUUCUCUGGCCCGUUGCCGAAAAACUCUACCGGGAUUAUAGCAGCCCAAAGAAUUGGGAACUGGUCCCAGGUGCCAUUGAGAUGCUCCAGUGGUGCCAGCAACAGGGUAUCCCCAUGGCAGUGGUUUCCAACUCUGACCGAAGGGUGCAAGAGAUUCUGAGCCGGUGUAACCUCCUACAAUAUUUUCAGUUUGUCUUAACCUCGGAAGAAGUGGGGUUUGCCAAGCCAGACCGGCGGAUUUUUCUGGAAGCCCUCCGCAGUGCCAAGGUGGAGCCUCAGCUGGCUGCUCACGUGGGGGACCAUUACGUGAACGACUACUUGGCUGCAAGGAAGGCUGGGCUGCACAGCUUCCUGUUUAAAAUGGCCGGAGGGCCAAUUGAGAGCAACAUGGAGGUGCCAGAAAACCACCUUCUAUCUUCACUUUUAGAUCUGCAGGCUCGGAUAGAGAAAGGCUAAAAGUAAAUGACUGGAUUUCGGCAGCUGUUUCUAAUAGAGGAAAUUGCAAUUUUAACAAAUCUUAACCCAUAGUAAGUCCAAUAAAACCUUAUAUCCCUGCUUAUAA